AUGGCCGACGCUCUGAAGGCUGAAGGCAACAAGGCAUUUGCCGCCAAAGAGUUCGAUUUGGCUGUUGAGAAGUUCUCGGCGGCUAUUGAACUCGAUCCCGACAAUCAUGUCCUGUACUCCAACCGCUCUGGUGCCUAUGCUUCGCUGAAGAAAUUCGAACAAGCCCUUGAGGAUGCCAACAAAACAACCGAAUUGAAGGCAGACUGGCCCAAGGGCUGGGGCCGAAAGGGUACCGCUUUGCAUGGGCUCGGGGAUCUCGUCGGUGCUCACGAUGCAUUCGAAGAGGCUCUUAAAUUGGACCCCGCGAAUGCCCAGGCGAAAUCCGGGCUUGACGCUGUGAACCGAGCGAUUGAUGCUGAAGCCAGAGCAGACGGGGUCGCAGGAGACCCGUCAGGCGGUUUAGGUCAAAUGUUCAACGAUCCACAACUUAUUCAGAAGCUGGCAAACAACCCGAAGACGGCACAACUCCUUGCCGACCCAUCUUUUAUGGCGAAACUACAAAAGGUUGCGCAGAAUCCAAAUAGUAUCGGAGAAGAAAUGCGCGAUCCACGUUUCCUUCAAGUGAUCAGUGUAUUGCUGGGAGUCGAUUUGCAAUUCGGAAACCCCCCUGAAGGUGCGCAGCAGCAUGGAGAAGCGGAAGAGGAUGUUGCGAUGCCAGAUGUCAAGCCGCAGAAGGAACCUGAACCGGAGCCUGAACCGGAACCCGAGGAUGAAGAAACAAUCGCCAAACGCAAGGCAAAGGAAGCAGCAGAUGAAGAGAAGAAACUGGGCACCGAAAACUACAAGAAGCGGCAAUUCGACGCUGCAAUUGAACAUUACACCAAAGCCUGGGAAUUACACAAGGAUAUUACAUAUUUGACCAAUCUCAGCGCUGCUCAUUUUGAGAAAGGGGAUUAUCAAGCUUCAAUUGAAACUUGCGAAAAGGCCAUCACCGAAGGUCGCGAGAUGUUGGCGGAUUUCAAAAUCAUUGCAAAGGCAUUUGGAAGAAUUGGUUCAUCAUAUGAAAAGAUGGGAGAUCUUCCCAAGGCCAUCAUCAAUUACCAAAAGUCUCUUACCGAACACCGCACACCCGAUAUCCUUACCAAGCUUCGCAACGCAGAAAAGGCCCAAAUCAAAGCCGAAAAAGAAUCGUACGUCAAUCCCGAGGAGGCUGAGAAGGCUCGCGAACUUGGAAAUCAAAAGUUUAAAGAAGCGGACUGGCCCGCAGCCGUUGAUGCCUACACUGAGAUGACGAAGCGCGCUCCUCAUGACCCUCGUGGUUAUAGCAACCGCGCUGCCGCGUUGAUCAAGCUUAUGGCGCUGCCCCAGGCCGUCCAGGAUUGCGAUGAGGCCAUUCAGCGUGACCCGAAAUUCAUUCGAGCAUAUUUGAGAAAGGCACAGGCACUGUUCGCUAUGAAAGAGUAUAACCGGUGUCUCGAUGUGUGUGCUGAAGCUGCGGAGCAUGAUGAGAGCGGAGCCAACGCACGCGAAAUCGACCAGCAACAGCAAAAGGCAUUGGAAGCUCAGUUCAGCUCACGGGCGGGUGAGACCGAAGCCGAAACUGCUGAGAGAAUUCAGCGCGACCCCGAGAUCAUGGCUAUUGUUCAAGACCCCGUUAUGCAGAGCAUUCUUCAACAAGCGAAGAGCGACCCCGCUGCGCUGCAGGAGCAUAUGAAGAAUGCCACGGUGAGGAUGAAGAUUCAGAAACUGAUGGCAGCUGGUGUGAUCAGGCUUGGACGGUAA